ACUAGAUUGGGAAGAGAAAUGCUAGAGUCACAAACACUUUAAUCACAAAAUAUACAACCUUGUCAUUUGUGUACCUCACUAAAUGAAUAAAAUGAUGUUGAAUAAUUAAAAAGUAAACAUUUAAAUACACAAAUGGUAAGUUUGUGUAUUUUAUGAUCGAUGACUCUAGCAUUUCUCGAUUGGAAAAAGGGCGACUCUUGGAUUGGGACAAAAGCUCAAAAAUCAAGUGUGUGAAUAAGAUGAGAAUGAAUUCUGAAGUCAGUGAUCAAUGAUGCCUUGCACGAAUUGCCUUUGUAUGCCGGAAGUUGGGAGGAGAAACUUGACGUGUCGUGUUCCUCGAUUGAUCAUUCUAAAGGGAUCGAAAGUGCAGCUAGAGAAUCCCUGUUAUAAUGUGGAGCUUUUACUGGAUCAGCUUGAUACUGUUGCAUAUUUCAGCUUCCUCAAGCUCCUCCCUCAGAGCUUCCUGACCUACGAAUGCACCGACCAGCUCUUCAACGCCGACGUCAGAAUCGACGAUCUUGAACACGUCUUCGCCUCCGCCAGGAAUUUGGAUGCCGUCGUCUUCUCACAGUCUCUCGAGGUCUGCAAUGGACUCAACAAUUUGGGCGCCACCCGCCAGCAGAAAUACGUCGUUGAGGUCAGAUGGGCCGUCGCUCAGGGAGAACCCCUUGACGGAAACAACCCUCCAGACGCCGGCGCCGCCAUGAAUUUGAUCUAUGAAGACAACGACCACCGUAAUGUCAUCGUGGUACCUCCUUCUCACCCCACUCCCCAACGCCUUCAUCGCGUCAUAGCUCAUCCCGACCUUCGCUGCCGCCUCGGAAUUUAGGGUUCUUGCUCGCCCAAUUCCAGAGGCUUCUCGCUUGCCUUGAAGAAUUCACCAUUGUAGCCAUCUGGUCCAGUGGGGGCUGCUGCAUCAUUUAAACUCCAAACAGCCUCUUUGGUUUCAGUCAAUGAAGGCAGUGCAACCAUCAUCUCAUUAUCACCAGAUUGGGGAUAUGAUUGAUGAUAGGUUCCCAUAUGUUGUCAAUGCUCUUCAUUAAGUUCUAUUGGAAAUCUUCCUCAAUUAGUGCCUGGCCAGAUUCUGAAGUUGAAGCAACUUACUGUGCUUACACUUGCUGAGACGACCAAGAUCCCUUUACUAAGGCAAUGCCAAGAGACAUGGUGUACAAAACUGCAAAAGGGAUGGGUCUAAAGCCUAUUGAAAAUAAUCACGAGUGAAAGAAAGCACAACUCAACGU